AUGGUACUUGGUCUCCGCUCAUUGUCCCGCCAAAUCUUCACCACCAGCUCCCCACUUGCACGGAAGAGGAACAACUGCACCAACCCGCUACGCCUGACGAUAGUGGCCACCAUGGCUACCUCAACGCGCACCCAGCCGCCCUGGAAGGAGCCAAAAUCAUCACAUGAGGCAAAAUUAAAAGUCUGGAAUUCACUGACCCGAUCAAAAAAUGAAUUUGUUCCGGUCGACCCCGAGGGCAAGGUCGUCAAGUGGUACAGUUGCGGUCCUACAGUCUACGAUGAUGCGCAUCUUGGGCACGCGCGGAACUAUGUGACCAUCGACAUCUUGCGACGAGUUUUGGCAGGUUACUUCGGGUACAACUUGCGCUUCGUCCAGAACAUUACAGAUGUGGAUGACAAAAUCAUUCUACGUGGGAGGCAACAGUAUCUCCUGGCGGACUUCAAGUCGAAAAACCCAACAGUCACAGACGAGCUGAUCAACACGACUAUCAAAGCUUUUGACGCAUAUGUAAAGAAAAAUCUGCCAUUGCUGAGCGCAGAGGUGAACAUUGGUACUUUCAACGAGGAGUCGGCAAAGCAGUACGCAAAUGUGAUUCAAGGCAAGUCUGUGGACGGUGUUGGUAUAGCUGGCGACAAAGAAGCGAAGAUCAAAAUGCACCUCAGGACAGCAGGCACAGCAGCGACCGCGUUACUCGCACCGUCAAAGACCACACCAGAGGAUGUAGAGGCUUUCUACGCUGGGGCCGAAGAUGUGCUGUUGCCGUAUUUGGACUCCCUGUACGGCACUACGAUAGACGCCAGUGAUCAUACAGUGUUCACCCGACUCACACAAAAGUAUGAGGCGCGCUUCAAUGAGGAUAUGCGAAGUCUCAAUGUGCUGGACCCAAAUGUGGUCACACGAGUGACCGAGUAUGGCGACCAGAUUGUGACUUUUGUUGAGAAGAUUGUCGCCAACGGCUUCGCCUACAGCACUUCAGACGGCUCAGUAUACUUCGACAUCGAAGCUUUCGAGAAAGUACCCGGUAAUCACUACGCACGUCUCGAGCCGUGGAAUCGGGGUGACAAGAGUUUGCAAGCGGACGGUGAGGGAGCUCUAUCACAGCAAAAGACAUCAGAGAAGCGCAGCGAAUCCGACUUUGCGUUGUGGAAGUCAAGUAAACCUGGAGAGCCUGCUUGGAAGUCACCGUGGGGACCUGGACGGCCAGGCUGGCAUAUUGAGUGCUCAGUCAUGGCUAGCGAUGUACUAGGAGAGCAGAUGGACAUUCACUCCGGUGGUAUCGAUCUCUGCUUCCCACACCACGACAAUGAACUGGCACAGUCAGAAGCGCAUUGGUCGUCAAAAGAAGGUGGCCAUCAGUGGGUCAACUACUUCCUCCACAUGGGCCAUCUCUCGAUCUCUGGAAGCAAAAUGUCGAAGAGUCUAAAGAACUUCACAACGAUUCGAGAAGCGCUCGCACGUGGCGACUGGAACGCGCGAAGCUUGCGUAUCAUCUUCCUUCUUGGUGGAUGGCACGACGGCAUCGAGAUCACAGACGACAUGCGAAAGGGAGGCGCGUCAUGGGAAAGCUACGUGACCAACUUCUUCUACAAGGUCCGAGAUCUUGAGGUCCAUCCAAACAUCGCUUCGACUGGUGCAGAGGAUGAGAAAGUGCGGAAAGCAUUCGACGCUGCGAAGGAGAAAGUGCAUAAUGCUCUUGCUGACUCGUUCGAUACACCUGCUGCGAUGCGCGCCAUCUCAAGCUUGAUAACAGACUACAACUCCGCAGACAAGGCUGGUCUCUCCGAUGAUGUGUCUUUCGACGUCGCACGCUACAUCACACGCAUGGUCCGCAUCUUCGGUCUCGAUGGCUCAGCAGAUCCAUACGACGGUGGAAUUGGUUGGGCCGGUAUCGACAUCCCAUCAGAAGCUAAGGAGUUCGUGUACGCCGUUUCCCGCGACCGUGACGAGGUGCGCAAGCAUGCUGUCGCUGGCGACCUAUCUGGUGAGGUUCUGGAAGACAUUCUUGCACAACACAAGCCCGCCCAAAAGCAGGAAGCCGCUGCCGUACCUUAUGCAGAAGUCCUGUCGACAUUCCAAGAAAACCUCCGCGACCUCGCGGCCAAGAAUGCGCCAACGAAAGACUUCCUAGCACUCUGCGACCAGCUUCGCGACACCCACCUGUGGGACCUAGGCAUCUACCUCGAAGACCGCGAAAACGCACCCGCGAUGGUCCGGCCCGUAGACGCCGAAUUACAAGCCGCACGUACUCAGAAAGAAGCCAUCGCACGUGCGAAAGCGGAAGCAAAGGCCAAGCGCGAGGCUGAAGAGGCGGAGAAGAAGGCUAAGCAGGCGGAGCAGGCGAAGAUCAAUCCGAAGGACAUGUUCAGGACGGCCGAAUACAGCGCGUGGGAUGACGAGGGUCUCCCAACGAAGGAUGCAAAGGGCGAAGAGGUGACGAAGGGAAAGAGCAAGAAGCUCAAGAAGGAGUGGGAGAAGCAGAAGAAGUUGUUUGAGGAACAUGCGAAAAGCGCUUGA